AUGGCGACUACAACUAGAAGAUUUCUUCAUCAGGAUUACACGGUCGCAUGGAUCUGUGCCCUUCCCUUGGAGAUGGCCGCGGCUGCAGCCAUGCUAGAUGAGAGACAUUACGAUUUACCGGCGAGGCCAAACGAUAGUAACACAUACAUCCUAGGUCGGAUAUAUGGUCAUAAUGUGGCUAUUGCAUGCCUUCCAUCGGGUGUUUAUGGUACAACCUCCGCCGCAACAGUGGCUACACAAAUGCAGUCCACUUUCGAAUCGAUACGCUUCGGCCUCAUGAUAGGCAUCGGAGGGGGGGUUCCAAGCGGAAAAGUUGAUAUUCGGCUGGGUGAUGUGGUGGUUAGCAAGCCGACAAGGGAAUCAGGAGGGGUCAUACAGUACGAUUAUGGGAAAACAGUGACUGGUGGCCGCUUUGAACGUAUUGGCGUACUGAAUAAGCCACCACCAGUGCUUUUAACAGCGGUCUCGAGACUACAAGCAGAGCAUGAGUUGGGGCCAAGCAGAAUCCCUGCUCUUCUUUCAGAGGCGGUAGACAGGAACCCCAGGAUGAGAGAGAAAUUCGCAUAUCGCGGUGAAGAUCAGGAUCUAUUGUUUGAUUCUGAAUACGACCAUACUGACUUAGGAAAAACUUGCGGCAACUGCGAUACAAGGAGACUCGUAGCACGACCUGCUCGAGCUAGCCAUGAUCCGGUUAUCUAUUACGGUCUGAUUGCCUCUGGAAACCAAGUGGUGAAGCAUGGCCUCAGCAGAGAUACCCUGGCCCGGGAACUUGACAUUCUCUGCUUUGAAAUGGAGGCGGCUGGCUUGAUGGACAACUUCCCUUGCCUCGUGAUUCGAGGGAUAUGCGACUAUUCCGACUCGCAUAAAAACAAACAGUGGCAAGAAUACGCAGCAGCAACGGCUGCUGGUUACGGCAAAGAGCUUCUCUCUGUGGUCCAUGCAAGCCAUGUGGUGGACACUCUACCAGCAGGCUCAAUUUCCGACGAUGGCCCAGAAGGCGGGGGAUUACUCGAGCGGAUUUCAAAAUAUGAUCACGAGAAAAUUCAUCGAAGACUCACUCGGAAACGACUCACCGGCACCACGCACUGGUUCCUUGAUCACCCGGAUUUCAAAGCUUGGUUCACUGAGAAGAGAAUUUCCAGUUUGUGGUGCUCGGGGAAGAUUGGCUCGGGCAAAACGAUGAUAGCAACCGCAGCGAUAGACGCAGCGAAGUAUGAGCUCGGCUGUCCCACCGUCUUUUUUUAUUGCGAGAAUGAGCAUCAUGCAGCACUUGACGCGUCGUCUAUUCUCUCCAGUUUCAUCAAACAACUCUGUGAAUUCCUGUGCCGGACGUCCAAAUCUUUCCCGGAAGAUAUCGCAAGAGAGAUUGGGAAGUUCUUUGGACACAAGAGAGUCCAGCCAGAUCUUGAAGAUCUAAAAGAUAUUUUUACCCGCUUUUUCGACUGCGUGUCGGAAACGAUAUAUGUCGUUGAUGGGAUUGAUGCUUUGGAUCAGGAACAUGCCAAAUCCCUUUUGGAGCUCUUCAGGUCUAUAUUCCAUGACUCCGGGACCCAGCAAGGAUCGCGCAUUUUGUUGCUAAGCAGGGAUCAAGUUCCAGGAUACAUAAACAUCGCUACAUUCAUGCCUGGAAUUCGUCAGAUCUCGACAUCAGCCAAUGUCAUGCAGGAUAUCGGGACCUACGUCGAAUCAAGCAUCACUGACAAGACUAUGUGCCGAAAACUUACUGAUGACCCUCUACUGAUAGAAGAGGUUCAGCGGAGGCUUCUUGCAGAGUCGUCGGGAAUGUUUCUAUGGGUAUAUCUCCAGCUGGAGAUUCUUUGGGACACAUGCCACACGGAUGCAGAAAUACGGUCCGCAUUAUCUGCGCUACCAAGGGGCCUGGAAGACACAUAUGAGCGUUGUAUUGAGAGAAUCAAUUGCAAGGACAGCCGUGCUCUCAAAGUACUCAAAUGGGUUAGUUUUACGACCAGUCCGCUUCAUAUCGAAGAAUUGCGAGAGGCGAUCGCCUUUGACUCAGAAGACACUGCAUGGAAUGCCGAGAAGAUUCCACGAAAGGAAUUUGUUGUCGGCUGUUGUGCAAACCUUGUUGUCGUGGAUUCCACUGACGAUCGUGUGCGAUUUGCACAUUCCUCGGUAAAACAAUAUCUCGAGAAAAGCCGAGAAAGGAACGUUAUCCAAUGGUAUCCAACCACAGCACAGGGCGUCCUAGAGUGUGGAGAGUUCUGUGUUGCUUAUCUUUCUUUCUCGGACUUUAGUCUUCAACUAAGCACGAGAAGGAAUGAAAAAGCUACAGUUGCUGUUCCAUCCCCCAUCUUACUUGCGCAAAAAACCCUCCCUGGAUCGUUCACCAGACGCCUCUUCCGAGAGCCUCGGAAUCAGAACCGUUCCGUCUCCGUGCCAUUCCGUGGGAUACGCACAGCAUCAACUCCAGAUCGAACACAGUACAAGUUUCUCGAUUACGCCGUCACAAACUGGGCCGUGCAAACCAAACAGAUACCUCGUACAUCAUUAAUAUGGGAGAAGUUUGAACGGCUCGCAAUGUGUUUCAAUGAAACCUGGAAUUUUCACCCUUGGGUCCCUGGCGGCCGUUCGGCAUUCUCUCAUCUCCAUAGUCUCUUUGGAUGGGCAGUGAAGGAGCAACAUGAACCUCUUCUGACAAUAGCACAAGGUGCAGGAAGUAACUUACAGCGUGUUUGUAAUCUUCCGCUAAUCGGUGAAAGCCUUCCUGCACUGCAUGUCGCGGCAAAACUUGGGUAUAAAGCAACGAUAAAGAUUCUUCUGAGUUUCUGCGAAGUAAAUUUGCCAAACCUAGAAGGAUAUACGGCUUUGCAUUAUGCAGCAAGCAAAGGUCAUAUUGAAAUCUGCGAAUUGCUUUCAAGCGCAAAGCGAAUAAAAGUGAACGCCCCAUCAAAAUCUCAAUGCACACCACUCUGGCUGGCUGCGGGUAACGGACAUAAGGAUGUCGUGUCACUCCUUAUAGAGAAGCAAGGGGAUAUUGAGGCAAAGGACGCUUCUCUCCAACAGACGCCUCUGUCACGGGCUGCACGAAAUGGGCACGAUGUGGUAGUUGAACUUCUGCUUGAGAAAGGAGCAAAGUUAGAGUCACAAGAUGCGGAAGGCCGAACACCUCUAUCGUGGGCCGUAGAAAGAUGGCAUGAAACGAUAAUGAAAUUGCUGCUCGAAAAAGGUGCCAAGGCGAAUAACAAAGAUAUCGAUAUUCAAAAAAUGCUACUGUGGGCGGCAAAAAAAGGGUAUGAGGUGGUCUUCAGCUUACUUUCCACGAACACUGCGGACCUCAACCUUGCAGAUAACGGUGGUCGAACAUUACUCACAUGGGCCGCCUGGAACGGCCAUGAGGCAGUGGUAAAAUUGCUGCUGGAAAAGGGUGCUCAUAUUGAGGCUACAGAUAAAGAAUGGGGUCGGACACCACUCUCAUGGGCCGCUGGGAACGGCAAUGAGGCAGUGGUAAAAGCGCUGCUGGAAAAGGGUGCUCAUGUUGAGGCUACGGAUAAGGAAAGGGGUCGGACACCACUCUCAUGGGCCGCUGGGAACGGCCAUGAGGCAGUGGUAAAAGCGCUGCUGGAAAAGGGUGCUCAUGUUGAGGCUACAGAUGAAGGAUGGGGUCGGACACCACUCUUAUGGGCCUCCAGGAACGGAUAUGAGGCAGUAGUAAAAGUGCUGCUUGAGAAGGAUGCUCAUAUUGAGGCUACAGAUAAAGAAUGGGGUCGGACACC